CUGUGGGUCCCUGGCGUCCCCUCCGGCGCGCUCUUGGAGCCACUUCCCAGAGCGGAAGUCUGCCUGCUCUGGCUCCGGUGGGACCUGCUCAGAGGAAUGGCGCCGCCGGGUUCAAGCGCUGUCUUCCUGUUGGCCCUGACAAUCAUAGCCAGCACCCAGGCUCUGACACCUACCCACUACCUCACCAAACAUGAUGUGGAAAGACUGAAAGCCUCUUUGGAUCGCCCUUUCACAAAUUUGGAGUCUGCCUUCUACUCCAUCGUGGGACUCAACAGCCUUGGGGCACAGGUGUCAGAUGUCAAGAAAGCCUGUACCUUCAUCAAGUCUAACCUGGACCCCAGCAACGUCGACUCCCUAUUCUAUGCUGCCCAGUCCAGCCAGGUGCUCUCAGGCUGUGAGAUAUCUGUUUCAAAUGAGACCAAAGAUCUGCUUCUGGCAGCAGUCAGUGAAGACUCCUCUGUUGCCCAGAUCUACCACGCAGUUGCAGCACUCAGUGGCUUUGGCCUUCCCUUGGCAUCCCAUGAAGCCCUUGGUGCCCUUACAGCUCGGCUGAGCAAGGAGGAGACUGUGCUAGCAACAGUCCAGGCUCUGCAGACAGCAUCCCACCUAUCACAACAAGCUGACCUGAGGAACAUCGUGGAAGAGAUUGAGGACCUUGUUGCUCGACUGGAUGAACUAGGGGGCGUGUAUCUCCAGUUCGAGGAAGGCCUGGAAACCACAGCAUUGUUUGUUGCUGCCACCUACAAGCUCAUGGACCAUGUGGGGACUGAACCAUCCAUAAAGGAGGAUCAGGUCAUUCAGCUAAUGAACACAAUCUUCAGCAAGAAGAACUUUGAGUCACUCUCAGAAGCUUUCAGUGUGGCCUCUGCUGCUGCUGCAUUGUCCCAGAAUCGCUACCACAUACCAGUGGUGGUUGUGCCCGAGGGCUCUGCUUCUGACACUCACGAACAGGCUAUCCUGCGGUUACAAGUCAGCAAUGUUUUGUCUCAGCCUCUGACUCAAGCUGCAGUUAAGCUGGAGCAUGCUAAGUCGGUGGCUUCCAGAGCUGCUACUGUCCUGCAGAAGAUGCCCUUCACACUAGCAGGCAGGGAUGUUUUUGAACUCAACUUCAAGAACGUGAAACUGUCCAGUGGCUACUAUGACUUCUCCGUGCGAGUUGACGGUGACAGCCGUUACAUGGCAAACACUGUAGAGCUUAGAGUCAAGAUUUCCACUGAAGUUGGCAUCACAAAUGUUGACCUUUCUACUGUGGAUAAGGAUCAGAGCAUUGCACCCAAAACUACCCGGGUGACCUACCCAGCCAAAGCCAAGGGUACCUUCAUCGCGGACAGCCAUCAGAACUUCGCCCUGUUCUUCCAGUUGGUAGACGUGAACACUGGUGCAGAGCUCACCCCUCACCAGACAUUUGUUCGACUUCAUAACCAGAAGACUGGCCAGGAAGUGGUGUUUGUUGCGGAGCCGGAUAACAAGAAUGUGUAUAAGUUUGAACUGGAUACCUCUGAAAGAAAGAUUGAGUUUGACUCUGCCUCUGGCACCUACACACUCUACUUAAUCAUCGGAGAUGCCACUUUGAAGAACCCAAUCCUCUGGAACGUGGCUGAUGUGGUUAUCAAGUUCCCUGAAGAAGAAGCUCCCUCCACCGUCCUGUCCCAGAACCUUUUUACCCCAAAGCAGGAAAUUCAGCACCUGUUCCGAGAGCCUGAGAAGAGGCCCCCCACGGUGGUGUCCAACACGUUCACAGCCCUCAUUCUCUCGCCCUUGCUCCUGCUCUUUGCGCUGUGGAUCCGGAUUGGUGCCAAUAUCUCCAACUUCACUUUUGCUCCUAGCACGAUUAUCUUUCACCUGGGACAUGCUGCAAUGCUGGGGCUCAUGUAUGUGUACUGGACUCAGCUCAACAUGUUCCAGACCCUGAAGUACCUGGCUGUCCUGGGCACUGUGACAUUUCUGGCUGGCAAUCGAAUGUUGGCCCAGCAGGCAGUCAAGAGGAUCGCUGCAGAGCAGAGCAGUAGAUUGGCAAAAUAUAGGACACUACGAACAGCACACUAGUUCCAGAAGAAGGUUGACGACCCUGAAAACGGAAAUGAUUCUUUAACAAGGAGUGAAGACCAUUCAUAGUGUGAAAAGAGGAAUGAGGGGAAACAAAACAGAAAAUGAAAAAAAUCUGUUAUUUAAAAAGAAAAAAGUUGAGAUGUGGUUACACUUUUACUUGUUUUUCACUUUCUGUUUUACAGAGCAGAUAUGUUUGGGCCCAGAUUGUCUGUCCCUUUGUCAUGAUGUCUGGCAAGAUGCUGUGAAUAUCCCAGACUACCCAGAGGUUACAUUUGAAAAGUUGAAGUCUGUAAUUCAUCUACUUUGGAAUAAAGAGAAUGAUGAUAGGAAUAAAGGUCUCAUUGAGAGUUUA